AUGGUUGGGUCACGUCUGGUGGGGAUGGAUGGAUAGUUGGGUCGGGCAGCUGGGGAUGGAUGGAUGGACGGUUGGGCCAUGUCCAGUGUCGAUGGAUGGUUGGGUCGGGCAGAUGGGGAUGGAUGGAUGGUUGUGUCACAUCCGGUGGGGAUGGAUGGAUGGUUGGGCCAGGUCAUGUGGAGAUGGAUGGUUGGGCCGGGUCAUGUAGGAAUGGAUGGAUGGUUGGGUUGUAUGGGGAUGGAUGGAUGGUUGGGUCGGGCAGGUGGGGAUGGAUGGAUGGGUCACGUCCGGUGGAGACGGAUGGAUGGUUGGGUCAUGUCCGGUGGGGAUGGAUGGAUGGUUGGCACGUCUGGUGGAGACGGAUGGAUGGUUGAGUCGGGCAGGUGGGGAUGGAUGGAUGGUUGGGUCAGGCAGGUGGACAUGGAUGGAUGGUUGGGUGAUGGUCGGUGGAGAUGGAUAGAUGGUUGGGUCGGGCAAGUGGGAAUGGAUAGAUGGUUGGGUCACUUCUGGUGGAGAUGGAUGGAUGGUUCGGUUGUGUGGGGAUGGAUGGAUGGUUGGGUCAUGUCCGGUGGGGAUGGAUGUAUGGUUGAGUCGGGCAGGUGGGGACGGAUGGAUGGUUGGGCCACGUCCGGUGGAGACGGAUGGAUGGUUGGGCCACGUCCGGUGGAGACGGAUGGAUGGUUGGGCCAGGCAUGUGGGGACAGAUGGAUGCUUGGGCCACGUCCGGUGGAGAUGGAUGGAUGGUUGGGUCGGGCAGGUGGGGAUGGAUGGAUGGUUCGGGGAUGUGGGGACGGAUGGAUGGUUGGGUCACGUCCGGUGGGGGAUGGAUGGUUGGGUCAUGUCCGGUGGGGAUGGAUGAUGGAUGGUCGGGUCGGGCAUGUGGGGAUGGAUGGUUGGGUCGGGCAUGUGGGGAUGGAUGGAUGGUUGGGUCACGUCUGGUGGGGAUGGAUGGAUGGUUGGGCCGGGCAGGUGGGGACGGACGGAUGGUUGGGCCGGGCAGGUGGGGACGGACGGAUGGUUGGGCCAUGUCUGGUGGGGAUGGAUGGAUGGUUGGGUUUGUGGGGAUGGAUGGUUGGGUUGGGCAGGUGGGGAUGGAUGGAUGGUUGGGUCAUGUCUGGUGGGGAUGGAUGGAUGGAUGGGCCAUGUCUGGUGGGGAUGGAUGGAUGGUUGGGUCGGGCAGGUGGGGAUGGAUGGAUGGAUGGGUCGGGUCGGAUGUGGAUGAGCGGAAGGGGCACACUGGGGUGAGAGACAGACUGACCACUUGUGUUCCCCCUCGCAGAUGCAACGCCCGCCCCGUUCUCCAGCCAGG